AUAGGGCUGUUAAAGUGACUACAGAGCAGUUUCAUGUCACUGCCUUCUCAAACACUAUACAAAGACAGCAUUUGUCAGAUUUUUGAAAAGGAAACAUGGACAUUUUAUCUCUUGUUCUGCUUCUGCUUUCAGUCCAGUGGUCCUGGGCUCUGGAAGACCCUCUUCUGCCUUUCUCUGAACACCUGGACCCCGAGCACAAGGUGCAGCUGAAGUGGGGAUUUGAUGAGAUCCAGGGCACAAUCUUGUUCGAGCUCACGGUCAGCACCAGCGGCUGGGUCGGUUUUGGCUUCAGCCCCAAAGGAGGAAUGACUGGAGCCGAUAUCGUUAUUGGAGGAGUUGGAGCCAAAGGCAGUUACUUCACGGAUCGUCAUGCUGGGGGGAAUUCAAUGCCAGUGAUUGACCAGAAACAGAACUACAAACUCCUGUCUCUGACCGAGACUGAUGGGAAAACGGUCAUGAAAUUUCAGAGGUCCAUCGAGGCUUGUGAUGAAAACGACUUAACCAUCACUAAUCUCCCCAUGAAGCUGAUCUAUGCGUAUGGACAGACUGAUGACAUCAUGUACCACAGCACCCAAAGAGGCACAAAGGAGCUGAGCCUGUUGAAGUACAUGCCACGGGUCAACCCUCCAAACAGCAUGUAUUUCGACAUGACUAUGAUCAAUUUCACUGUACCAGCCAACCAGACCCACUAUCACUGCAAGAUCAUGAAAGCCCCAACAUUUGAUCGCAAACAGCACAUUUAUCGUGUAAGUGAGUCUAUGAACUUAACACACAUGAUCCUGAACUAUCCAGAGAUCUGUCAAUCAUCUUCAUCUCUGACUUACUUUCAUUAUGUCCAGAUUGAGCCGGUGAUCACAAACUUUGACCUCGUGCAUCAUCUGCUGCUGUACCGCUGCCCUCCGAGCGUGACAGAGCCAUUUGAGGCGGAGUGUUACACAUCGUUAAGAACCAACUUGUGUAUGGAGACCAUUGCAGUGUGGGGAGUUGGUGGAGGGGCUUUUGAAUUCCCUGAAGUGGCAGGACUUCCAAUUGGAGGAAAUGUUAGUGAUUUUUUCUAUAGGCUUGAAGUGCAUUACAACAACGCUAAUAAAAGUACAGGUCGAGUUGAUAACUCAGGUCUGCGAUUCUAUCACACAACUGAACUCCGUCAGCACGAUGCAGCUGUUUUGGGGGCAGGGCUUGUAAUAGCUCCUUGGUACGCCAUCCCACCCAAAGCCAAAUCCUUCCUCACGUACGGCAUGUGUGACACUGCUUAUUUUACAAAGGUUCUGGAGACACCACAUGAUCUUCAGGUGUUCUCUGUGAUGCUGCACACACACUUAGCUGGGCGGAAGGUGCGAGUCGGACACUUCAGAGGGGAGAAACAGAUUGAUUUCUUAGCUGUGGAUGAAAACUAUGAUUUUGAAUACCAGGACGUGACAAAUUUGGGCAAAACUAAGACAGUGAAGUUGGGUGACAAAUUGCUGGUGGAGUGCACUUAUAGCACUGAAAACCGCAGCACACUCACAUGGGGGGGGCUCUCAACUACAGAUGAGAUGUGUUUGGCCUUCCUCUUCUACUAUCCAGCUAUGAAUCUGAGCGGCUGUAUGAGCUUCCCUAAUACAACUACUUUAAGAUCUGAAAUGGGAACGCCAGGUCUAAAUACUUGGCUCAAUAUGAUGUCCACGAAGACUUGGAAUGACACGUCUAUCAAUCAAUACCAACAAACACUGAAGAGAAUCGACCAGCUCAUCGUAAUUGCUGAUUCAUUUAAAAACAUAUCACGCAACACAGGGCUGAUUCCUAACCUCAGUGUCAUCCCGUCUGCACCCUGCAUGAGUGGUUGUGACACCAAAAAUCUUGCUUUACUAUGGCUGCUUCUCUGUUUGUUAGUGCAGUUCAUGCAAAAAUACAACUGAUGUAACCUGUUGUUCUAUUCAUGUCAAAGAUUAAAACUCAAUCAAUCUAGAUUAGGAGCUCCUGGCAGCUCCACCCUUAAAGGUAUAAUAGUUUCAUGCUAUAAAAUAGCCUAUACGUUACUGUAAUCAUAAAUCAUAUCAGGGAAAUGAGGGAAAAGAAUAUAAGAAAGGAGCUGGGUGUGAUUUUUUUUUUGUGCUAAAUAACUCAUUUAUGAUACAGCUCAUAAUUUGGCAUAUUUUCUCUAAUAUCCUCUUCACUGCAAAUUCAAUAAACAAGUGAACACAUUAAAACUACUCUGACAAACAUUAAAAAAAACAACAACAACUAACAUUUAAACUGACAUGCAUUGAAAAUAAAGCCAAAACAAUGGCUGUGUCCCGUUUUUGCUGUUGAUUAAUUAUUUUGUGUUUAAUAUUGUUUUUUAUGGAUUAAUUAAGAAAUGUACUACAAAUAUUCAGUGGCUUAAACACUUUUAAAUAAAACAUUCA